UAAUUCAUCUUUUUAAAGCGCAAUUAAUCAUGGCAGACGGGAUGGUAAGGCAUGUGCACAGAAUGAUCAAACUACUUGCAACCAAACUCCGUUGAUGUCCACAACGAAGAUGAAGCCAGGCUCAAUUUGCCUCUUCCUUCUGCUCCUAAUCGCCACUCAAGCAUGCACAUUUUACAGAUUUGCCGACUCAGCGAAGCGGCGGAUCCACAUUUCCGACGAUCUAGACGACGUCGUUGACGAUGAGGAGGAUGAGGCAUGGAGAGAAUGGGGCAAGAGUAAGAAGAAACCCGACUUCGAUCCACCCCCUACUAAUUUCGACAAAAUGAGCGUCUCCGAAAUCCAGGACGAAAUGAUGAAACGCCAGUUCGGACCCGUCUUUGGGUUCGUUAAGCUCCGACCCGGCACUGGCCGGGACAAGGAUAUCGUAUCAGAAAUUGCUAUGAAAUGGACCAAUGUUGCAAGAACUGGAGCAAUUGAGGCGAAGUUCAUGGGGGUCGAUCUGAGUACAAUUAUGUUCACCAUGGAAAAAGGUCUAGACGCUAUUGAGUUAAAAGAAUUCUUAUUAAACCAACCAGAAGCAUAUGAGAUAAAAAUUGGGGACCAACUGUUUAGAAGAGAGGGAGAUCCUCCUUUCGAAGAAAUAUUUGAGAAGCUUCGUGCUGAAAAGGGCAAAUCUGAUGAUGCCGGUUCUAAGAAGGAUGAAAGAAAUGACGAGCUUUAACAUCAGGAAGUUCGAAGAAAGAAAUGACGAGCUUUAACAUCAGGAAGUUCGAAGACUUUUUUUUCAUUUCAAAUCCUCUAAUUGGUAAUUGUAGACGCAUUUCGAUACAUAAACGACAGAGAUUGUUCGUUCACACGAAAAAGGGUUGUUUCCUCUUAAAACAACAGGCGAUUCAUAGAAUAGUUAUUACAAUAUUCUUACAUUUGAAAUAUCUUCUUUGGCUUCUUACAGACGUUAAAUGAUGCAAAUUUAUGUU